CAUGAAUGCUACAUGAUGCUAACUCGCUACCUCCUCCCUCAUCUCUCCGUAUGAAAUAGAUCUUCUCUGUCCUCAAUGUUUGUAUUAACUUAUUAACAAAGCCUUACUAACGUCUCUCUAGAGCGCUAGUUUGUGCUAGCUGUGUCUGAAAUAGUCUAAAGUCUUUAAAGUGGACUCUGCCGGUCUACGAAGCUAACGCCCUUAGCUUUCCAUGCUGGAGCAACCAGAGCGGUUUUAACGGACAGAGUCUGAAAGAGAAGUCUCUGAGACUGAUUAAAGAUGUCUAAAGUCCAGAUGCUGAGAUGUUUAGUGAACCAGAGGCUGGCUGCUGCUGUUGAGGAGGUUUUUGGGCUGUUUGAGAGGACGAUAGCGGAGUACGAGGAGGAAAUAAGGAGAUCAACGGAGGAGAAGACAAGACAACAGAAGCUACUGGACGCUGUUUUAAACCCGGAAGUCUGUUUACACAGAGCAGAUGUCCAGCAGUUGGUGAAAGAAGAAAAUGUUCUCCCUGAGCAGCAGAAGAGGAGCUCCAGUCUAAACCAGGAGAACCCACCAGAGCCAGCUUACAUUAAAGAGGAACAGGAGGAACUCUGGAGCUACGAGGAGUAUCAAGCAGCAGAGGAGGCUGCUGCCAGCAAGUUCCCCUUUAGUCUUGUCUAUUUCAAGAGUGAAGAAGAUGAUGAAGGGAAAACUCCAUCCUCACAGCCACAUGAAAACCAAAGUGGAGACGACAGUUUGAAAACAGAAGCCGAAGGAGAGGGCUGUGGGGGAUCAGAACCAGAACCAGAACAAGACUUGAAUCCAUACAGUUAUUUACACACAGAUACUCCUGCCAAGUCUUCACCUUUUCCUGGACCUGAUACUGAUGAUAAUGGUGAUUUGAGGGAAGGUUUAAACCCUCUCCAAAACAAUGGCAGAGCUGUAAGUGGGAUGAACUGUAACUCUGGAAAUACAUCAGUUAGUUUUUCUGAAUGUGCUCAGAGCUUUGGUCUAAAAACACAAACACAAAAACAUGAAGGAAUCCACACAGAGGAAAAUUUGUUGGUUUGUGGUAAAGGAUUCAGUGGUCAGAAGCAACUAGAACAACACAUACAUCAUGGUUCAGGAGUAAAACCUUUUACCUGCUCGGUUUGUAAGAGAAGUUUUCUUAAGAGAGCAGAGAUUGUGACGCACAUGAGAAUCCACACAGGGGAGAGACCAUUUAGUUGUUCAGUUUGUGGUAAAAGCUUUUCUCAGCAUGGUCAUCUGAUGCAACACUCAUUCACACACUCAGGGGAGAAAAAAUUUGGUUGUUCUGUUUGUGGUAAGAGAUUCACACAAAGUGGACAUCUGAAGAGACACUCUUAUGUCCACACAGGGGAGAAACCAUUCAGCUGUUUGGUCUGUGGUAAAAGUUUCUCUCAACAAGAAAAUCUGAGGCAACAUUUGAUAAUCCACACAGGAGAGAAACCGUUUAGUUGUUCAGUAUGUGGUAAAAGAUUUUCUGUGCGUGCAAGUCUAAGGCAUCAUUCAUUAAUCCACAUGAGAGAAACCAUUUAGUUGUUGGUUUGUGGUAAAAGAUUUGCUCUACGUGGAAAUCUGAGAUGAUCUUUUGUCCAGGUAGGGGAUUUAACUGUUUAGCGGCAUUGUUUGCAUUCACAAUGCUGUCUGUCAAAAGACAUGUUUAAAAGAACUGUAAAAAUAUACAUGAAAUUAAAAAGCUAAUUUCUCAUCAAAUAUAUCCUUUAAGUAGAAAUAAAAUGGAACUGGUUUUAAUGAUAACCAUGCUUAAGUUCCUUACGGUUAAUAAUACUAAUCAAAUUGUGUCAUUAAAACUAUUUGGGAUUAGCAUGCUUUAAGAUUAUGAUGGUGAUAUGAUGUAGUAUUAGUCUGCACAGAGAACAUUUCAGAGAUGAGGAGGCAUCACUGUCUCUCUGCUCUGUCUACAUCCCCACCUCCUGGAGGGUGGGACAUUCAAGCAGUAAAUUAGUGAAAAUGCACUUUUCUAAAAGUUUGUCUUACUGCCACACACACACACACACACACACACACAUAGUUUUGGGUUGAAAAUGUGACUGUGUUUAUGUAUUUUUCUUUCACAGCUUCAUAUAACUUUGUUAAUGCACAUUUGACUUUUAUUUUUUUUCCAUGCUGAUAUUUUAAUGUUUAUGUAAAAAAAAAGUUCAUAAUGCUCUGUGCUGAUACUUUUUAAUUAUCUUUUCUGAUGAAACACAUGGUCAAAUAUUCUCAGCCUGAUCAGCUGCCAUUUUGUGCACAUUUUAACCUGACAAUACUGAUAAUGGUGAUCAUUUUGGUCUCUGAAACCUUGAUGUGAAACUUCAGUGUUGCUACAUCUCUACUUAACAGUAUUUUAUCUACUUUAUUGUAGUGGGUUGCACAUAUGGACACAAAAAAAAAGAAUGGAAUAAAAAUUUUGGUACAUGCAGUGCAUGAAGUUUGGAAGGAAAAAAAUGCAGGUGAAGCCAAAGAAACCUUACUGGGCUUGUUGGGUGGCCCUAAUAAUGUUGUAAACACAUACAUAUUAAUAUAAAACAGCUUUUAAGAAAUGUAUUAAUGUGUGAAGCAUAGAAAACUGUGCUGCAGCGGAGUGAAGCCUCAUAUGAUGCACCUAAAGUUUAAAAAACACAUGCAGGGAGCACAGAUGGUCGAGUGGUUUAAGGAGCUACCCAUGUACGCGGGCGGCCCGGGUUCAAAUCCAGCCUGUGGCCCUUUACCACAUGUCUCUCCCCACUCUCUUCCCUGUUUCCAAGUCUAUCCACUGUCCUUCCUCUAUCAAAUGAAGGCAUGAAAAGGCCCAAAAAUAAAUCUUAAAAAAAAACACACACACAGGCAGAAGUGCUCUCAGUUGGUAGACCUCAGCAACUACAUGGACUAUAUCAAGUUUUCAGAUAAUGUCGAAGCUGUGAGAACUGCAGAUUCUGAAAAUACAUGUGCAUUUUUCAACUCUACAAGAAGACUGAAAAAGACCACUCGAUAAGUUAAAUGUUUUAUUUUGGAUAUUCAUCAAAUAUUAAUGUGUGCUCCCUUUUACCCAAAUAAUGUCUAAUCUGAUGUUGAUAUUGUUGUCUUUUUUGUUUCACUUUUUUCUGUUGUUGUCUGUGUUUACAUUUGUGGCUUUUCUGAUAAUGUCUUUACCUGUAUAUGCCACCAUAAUAAAGUAGCUUGAAUUGCUGUGGCCGUGGUCAGUGUGGGUUUGUACUAAAAAAUA